UAGUGGUUUUAAUAUCUCCGACCAACCUGGAUGGAAGGCUUCAUAUGCACAGAUAACGUGCCAGUCAUUAGCCGCGUGGAAACUGCCGCAAGAUCGGCGGUCCCCAGCCGGCGAAACAGUGGAGGCCUGCAUUAUUGGUGGUCGCCUGCCGCCGCAUAGUGACGGAUUAUAGUGCGGCUUCGGCAGUCAAUCGGGACUUGGAGAAAGCUUCUUGGCAACUUCGAAUUUCGCCUGCCAACCAAUUUUCACCGGUCGGCGUUUCUCCCGAGCACACGUUCCAUUUUGGCGACUGAUAGCCAUGGCCCCGUCUGCACAGUCUCACAAUCGGUCGCACAGCCUAUUGCUGGUGCAGAAGUUGCUCAACUUGCGAGAUAACUCGAGUCCGUUGACUCUUAUCCUCGACAGCCUGGAGCAGAGCGCGGCACCCCUUGUACGAGAGUUUACAGGAAGGGCUCAAAUUGCUCGCACCAAGGUUGUCUUCAUAUCCUUCGCCACGGUCAAGAAACCUCGCGAGGCCGAUGUAUUUAUCAAGGCCAGAGGCAAGUCGCUAAAGGCCCUGAGGUCGGAGAUCGUGUCCCACUGCCCCUCUCCAGCUCCCGCGCCCGGAAAACCGGCAGCCAAACAGAAGACUCUACUCGUAAUCGACUCUAUCAACCCUCUCGCUUCCUCCACGCCCCACCUUCUCCCGGCAUUCCUUUCUGGAAUAAUCAGUCCUGCUGUCUCGGUGGUUGCUAUCUUCCACGCCGAUGUCCCAUUUGUACCUCCCAAGGCGGCUAAUGAAUACGACCCCCAUCCAUUAACGCUACUUACCCACCUUGCCACAGCUGUCUUUCGUGUCUCCAGCUUGUACCAAGAGAUGGAGAGGCGACGAGCCCAGAACAGAAGCCUGCCGGAGCCCGAAUGGGGGCUCGACGAGGGCCGGGAGGGCGUCCUGAUCGGCAUGAAUGUUGACGACCAAGGAUCUACCGCCAACGGGCUGGUGGUCGAGAUGGAGAUGAGGAGACGCAGCGGCCGAGCUGUUACCGAUAAGUUCAUUCUUGUUACCCGGCCUCCGGGAACACCAGUAAGGCCAGGGAGCAUCUCAUUGCUCUCCGACCAUCCGCUCUUCGCCCCACCUGUUGAUACCGAGAGCACGGGAGCCGAGGGAGCAGGCGAAGCCGAGAUGGAUACAACUUUCAACCUCGGUCUGACCGAGAAGCAGAGGAAGGAUAGAGAGGGUGUCGUGCUCCCAUACUUUGAUGCUCAAACCGACAUUGGGGCUGGAGAAGGAGGCCGAAUCUUGUAUGACUUGGGUCGAGAAGACGACUUUGACGAGGAAGAGGAUGAAGUAUGAACUAGAGAUACCCAUAAUGGAAUGUUAUAUUUUACACAGAUAUCUGCACUUUUGGACUGUUUCAUUUUACGCUUAUCCCCCUCUCCUUUUUUUGUCUUGCUAAUUUUGACUAGCAUAAAUUUUCAUUGAACAAGUAUCUCUGAGUCUAAGUUUGACAGUCGUGUGCCUAGGAUUCGCAGUUAAUAGACAUAAGUGCCCUGCCGUCGCUACGAGGGAUUGGUUUAGGGCCACGCUGAG